UCUUUUCCUCUGCCCUCUCGUUUCAUCUCUCUGAUCUCUGUGUUUCUUAAGUCUCUUUGGUUCUCUAUUUCUUCUCUUCUACCAUUCUUUUCGUGUCGUGCGAGGGAACCAUCGAGUCUGCCUGGUAGUCUUCUCCUCCUCCGCGUUCCGUUCCCUUCUCCGCGCUCCGCCUCGAUCGCGCCGUUCGGCAAGAGAGGUUAUUUAAGCAACUUUUUGGAACCUCGUGGAGACAAAUGAAAGAUGGUGUAUGUAGGUGAACUGGGCUUAUUACUAGCUGAAAGGAAGAUUUUUGUGCUACUUAUUUGGUAUUGUGAGUUGGAUGCACAAAUUUAAUUGACCCGACAACUUCCUUGAAAAAUGGUGAGAAGCUCUAGGGCCCUUCGCAGACUUCCAUCUCGUAAACUCAGGUUGGCUCCAUAUCCAAUUCCUUCAUAUCACUGGAAGGUUUCCGAGAAAGAAUGUGGCUCAAAGAAAACAACAGUGGCCUUGGAGAAAAAGGACUGGGAAGAUGCCACCUGCUCGGUGUGCAUGGAGUACCCACAUAAUGCUGUUUUGCUGCUAUGCUCUUCUCAUGACAAGGGCUGCCGACCCUACAUGUGCGGGACCAGCUAUCGGCACUCAAAUUGCCUUGAUCAAUUUAAGAAGGCAUACACAAAAAUGUCACCCUCCCAUUACGAUUCAGUGGCUAACCUUGGAUCAAAUUUGCCUCACUCCAUUGCAUGCGAGAAGUCUGAGAUUAUGGAGCUUACAUGUCCUUUGUGCCGAGGGCAGGUAAAGGGAUGGACUGUGGUGGAUCCUGCACGAGAAUAUCUCAACAACAAGAAGAGGAGCUGCAUGCAAGACAGUUGCUCAUUUGUGGGGACUUACAAGGAGCUAAGCAAGCAUGUGAGGUCUGAGCACCCUUCUGCAAAUCCUCACGAGGUGGAUCCAGUGCUUGAACAGAAGUGGAGGAUGCUGGAGCACGAAAGCGAGCGGCAAGAUGUGAUCAGCACGAUAAGGUCAUCAAUGCCAAGGUCAGUGGUGUUCGGGGAUUAUGUAAUUGAAAUGAGCAAUGGUGAGCUCAACACCGAUGAUGAGGUUGGUGAUGAUCAUGUGGAUCAUGAUUUAGAGAAUCGCGGAAUUACUAGGAGCAUUCUAUACUUUUUCUUGAGAGAGAGCGCCACGCGACUCAUGAGGCUUCACAGGGACAAUGGGGAGCCUGAGGAAAGAGGAAAUGAUAAUCUUGUAGAUGCAUAUUCCUUGGAUGGAGAUGAUGAUAUAGCGCCUAUUACAUCUCAAGGGAGUCGUUUAGGUAUUCUGAGAUCUGAGAGGAGGCACAGGCGGCGGCGGAAUAUGAGCCGGGCGAGGCCAGUUUCUGACUAGGGUUAGAUAAAACUCAUUAAUGCCUGCUGAUUGUUAAAUACCCCACUUUCUGUACUGAUUUAUAUCAUGAAACAAAACACACUACUGUCCGUGCACUUUUUAAACUGAUCUAUUUGGGUUUUGGGGUGACAAACAUGUAUGCCAUCAUGUAGUUCCCCCUGACUUUACUGUAAUUUAUGUGCUGCUCCUCCGCAUGCUUUUAGUGCGGCAGAAACUAAAUUUGUGAAUGUUUUUUUUU